AUGAUCGGAAGCAUUGACUACAUGCAUUGGGAGUGGAAGAACUGCCCAACCGGGUGGCAUGGGGCUUACAGUGGCCGGAAGGGUCGUCCCACUAUUAUUCUAGAGGCGGUGGCCUCGCAUGACACGUGGGUAUGGCACGCUUUCUUUGGUGUGCCAGGAGCUCAAAAUGAUAUUAACGUGCUCGACCAAUCAUCAGUCUUUGAAGGGCUCAUUGCUGGAAACAGCCCGGCUGUGACUUUUCACGCAAACGGUAGGAGAUAUAGCAAUGUUUAUUAUCUUGCUGACGGAAUUUAUCCUAGGUACUCCACAUUUGUAAAAACUAUUCCAAACCCUGAAUCGCAAGCACAAAAGCUAUUUGCAAAGAAACAAGAAGCAUACCGUAAAAAUGUAGAGAGGUGUUUCGGCAUCUUGCAAUCCCGUUGGGCAAUCCUUCGUCAUGGAGCUCGGUUGCACAGGAGUUCGACACUGAGAAACAUAAUGAUAAUUUGCAUCAUAUUGCAUAACAUGAUUGUAGAGGAUGAAUUUGUAGAAGAAGAAUUUGUCGAGCCAGAAGAAGAAGAUCUAUUGAACCCACUGGCGGCAGGAGUUUAUGAUGGGCCAGUAGAUUAUGAGGGGGUUCGAAUUCCUUUUUUACCAGUGGAAAGAAAUGGAAGAAACCAACAUGCAUUUUGGGACCGUAUUGACCACCUCGAGUCAGCUUAUAUCCACACAAUUCUUCAGAAUGAUUUAGUGGAGCACAAUUGGGCAUUGGAAGCCAACCAACAAUAA